CCUUGAUAUUUCCCGCAGGCACGACCGUCUUUUCAUUGGCCACCAGGUAGCGCGGUCGAUGCGAAUAAUAAAGACACACCUAGACUACCUAUUGACUUGCCAAUACCUGGCGUGGAGGGAUACAGGGCGGCAACUCCAUGGCAUGCCACAACACCAGCAUUUACAAGUGAUCAAUCAAUGAUUUGUCAGAACGCCUGUAGACCCAAAAAAAGGGUUAAGGCGGUCCAGCAGCAACUGCGUGGGGCCUCAAAAAACAGCGCCUUCGAGGCGACCCUGAAGGCGAUGCUCAAGGCGGCGCGGAAGAAGCGCAGCAUCGCGAGGCUGGGGUCCCAUGACGUGCUCCGACGCUUCGGCAUGCCCCCUAAGAUGCUGGCGGUCAUUCGCCACUUCCACGAGGGCAUGAGGGCGCGCGUCCGAACGGACGACGGGCAGUACUCGGAAUGGUUCGACGUGGGCCAAGGUCUCCGACAGGGAUGCAACCUGGCCCCGCUGCUGUUCAACUUAUUCUUUGCCGCGAUGCUCAUGGUCGCCGUGGCCGAGUUCGACAAGGACCCCAAGGUGACGGCGGACAUGGUCAAGAUCGGGACACAAGUGGAGUACACGGGCAAGAAGGGCAGGUCGGCGGGGAAGAAGACGACGGUGGUGACGGACGCGGAGGCCUUGUGGGCCAUGCUCUACGCUGACGACGCGGCCAUCGUCUCGUGCUCGCAGGAGAUUCUCGAGAAGAUGAUUUCGGUCAUCGUGCGCGUGGUCGGCCUGUUCGGACUGAUGGUAUCGGAGCCAAAGACGGAGAUCAUGUGCAUGCUUGAGCGAUGGCGGGGGGCGUGGGAUACCGAGGCGGGCAGGAGAGCGACUGCGUGUUUCGUCUAGGAGAGGACCUCGUGGCCUUCAACAUGGGAGACGAAAAGGAAGGGGGGAAAUGGAAAGAGAGCGCCAAGAACUCGGAGGUGUGGUACAACAAGGUCGAGGACGGGGCGGCAUGGUUCAUGAGGAAAUGGCACAGGCAG